CUCAACAGUAGAUCAUCUGUCUCCACCUCACCUGAAAUGAUUAUGGGACUCUGAUUUUUGUGAACUCAACCGCAUAUUGCAGAGGGUGCACAAGGACAGUUAUGGAUGACGAUGACAGCCAAGAUGAACAGAUCAACCGCAGUACAUCCCGCAUCAAAGGAAACAGGGCUGCAUUCUGGGCCAUCUCAGAUGACUCUGACAAUGAGGAGGAGUCUGAAGAGGCAGAGUCUGACAGUGAUGAAGAAGACGAGGAGGAUCACCUUGAUGGAGAGGAGAAUGACAAUGAAGAUGGUGAUGAAGAGGAGGAAGAAUGUAAGGCAGAGAAUGGAGGAUCUUCAGCAGAAUUUGUAGAGAUGAGCUCAGAUGAGGACAGUGAGAAGUGUCCCAUUUGUCUUAACUCGUUCAGAAGCCAGCUUGUGGCAACACCAGAGACCUGUGAGCACUAUUUCUGUCUUGACUGCAUCCUUGAAUGGGCCAAGAAUGCAAACUCUUGUCCUGUUGACCGCAUCACCUUCAGCAACAUAUAUCUAAGGAAAUGUUUUGGGGGCAAAGUGCAGAAAAUGAUCACAGUUCAAAAGCCUGUGACAGAAGCUGAAGAGGAAGUUGUUGACCUGGAGCUUGACCAAACCAAUUGUGAGGUGUGUGGUGCCAGUGACCGUGAAGACCGCCUUUUGCUCUGUGAUGGAUGUGAUUCUGGGUAUCACAUGGAAUGUCUCACACCGCCUCUGGAUGCUGUGCCUGUUGAGGAAUGGUUCUGCCCUGAUUGUGAAGCCAACAACCGUCAUUCAAGGAGUCCUGCUGGCGAAGUGAGCGAGACAGAAAGUGUUGCCCGUCCUGAACAACGUGCCACGAGUCACUCCCAGUCCCAUGCUGCCAGGUCUAGACGAGCAAUCGCUCGCACACAGCAGAGCGAAAGGGUUCGCGCUAAUGUCAACCGGCACCGCAUCACACAGGCACGCUCCUCACAGUAUGCGCCCACAUAUCUGAUGAGGUCCACUUGGCUGGAUGAGACGAUUAAUGCUGUGGUGGCUGGGCUGAACACGGCCGUGUAUGUAAGGGACCUCACGCCCCGUGUUACAACUAGACGCCGCAGAGCCGGAAAGCACAGAAAGCUCAAAAGCAAGAAGACAUCCAUUGGUAAGGGUAGAAAAAGUAGAGCUGCAAGCACAGGAGUCAAGAGGCAGAAACGGAAAGCAAGAAAGUCCAAAUCCAGAAAAAAGCUGGUGGUGAAAAAGUCAGCCACUCCUCGAAGCCGCAUUGCAAGUAGUCUUGGAAUUGUAAAGUCCAACACUGGUUCUUCUCUUCCCACAGUAUACCGGCCCUCAGAGCACACACUAAGCAGCAUGCGUGCCGACAUAGGUGCAGCAUCUCUGUCUGUCUAUGGAGAUCCAUUUGACCUGGAUCCUUUUGUGGAACGUGAGGAGGAGCAGCAGGAUCAUGUUUCGUCACUUUUGGAGGCUAAGAGAAGAGGCAUCUCUCAUUCUGCUCUUCGCUCGCAUCAGCCUGUGGCUCGACCAGUCACUGCUAGCCUUUCCAGGGGUUUGGAUGUCCCGCCUUCAGGGACUGUUGUGGAGGCAGCUCCUGUGCCAGACCUGCUGGGCAGCAUUUUAUCAGGACAGAGCAUGCUGUUGAUGGACAGCUCAGAUGUAAUCAUUAACAGAGAUGGCUCUCUUAAAGCUACAAAACCAAUGAGUUUGUCACCCUCAUUGAAUCCAGUUUGCGGAAAAAGCAGUAACACUCAGAUCAGCCCACAGACAUCAAGCAGCCUUGAAGGUUUUACUGUAUCUUUGAGCAAUCACAGAGACAUACCAGGAUCUUCCUAUAGACCUUUAAAUGAGCCUGUCUCCCAGAACUCCCUUCAGUUUCCCCUUUCAGCACCGUCUUUGCCCAACCACACAGUUAUUCCUAGUUUUGACAUGCAACCCUGGCCUCAUCUGAAUGACCAGCCCCCUGGUCCAAACAGACUCAAUCCCUCUUUUGGACACCAGGGAACUAUUGGGGUCGGUGCCCUUAAUAAGUAUCCCAGGGAAGCCACUUCGUCUGUCCACCCUACUCCAGAACAUUGCUCCAGGAACAAGGGCACAUCAGAGCCCCCACCUAAAAAAGCACCUCCAAAGCCCAUGUGGGUAGAUGUGUCAAUACUACCUAGGAUACCAAAAAUUAAAAGGGAAAGCAGUAGUGUGACAAAAGGUGGAACUCAUGAAACUAACUCUAGUGGUAGUAAUAGAAUUAGUAACGGAAGCAGUAGCAAUGACACUAGCAGUACUAAUGGAAGCGGAAUGCUUCAGACUGGGAUGAACAGCCUUUCUGGCGGUAAGGGCAAGCAGCAGAGUGUAGACCAGCAACAGGGAAGAGGAGGUGGUCAAACCCAGAGGCACAGGUCUGAUGGAGCAGGCUCAUCAUCUGCAUUCUCAAACUCAUUUACUACUUCCUCCUCCAUUUCCAGCCAGCCACGGUUUUCCUCAUUAUCUUCAUCAUCUUCAUCAUCAGUAAGCUUUCGCAUAAACUCCUGUGGGAACUCCUGGCAUUCAAGGCGACUAAGUAUUCCAUCUGCCACUGUUCCUGGAGGAAGUAUGCAGUUAAGCUGCAGCAAAAAGGAAGAUGAAGCAAGAAAACGACAGCUGCACAGGGAUAAACAGAUGUUGCUGGCAUCACGUACGAUUGCCAGUAAGCAACAGGAUAGGCAUAAUGUGUAUGAUCCCUUUAAUCCCACUGUUUCAGACUCUAGCAGCUCAGAUAGUGAAGCUGAGAACAAAAACUGGGAUCGGCCCUCCCAACAUGCAACACCUGAAGCGGAUACUUGUAGUCUAGAAAAUGAGGAUGAUUUCAGGCACAUCAAACAGGAACUGUGUCCCCUUGAACCUGAAAUACAGGAGAGUAGCGUUUUGCAAAAAAUGCUAGGUAGACCAUUUACCCCAGAAGCAGAAGAACUCGAAUGCUCGGAUGAAUCUGUUGAAGAUGAAAAAGAAACUAUUCCAGUGGAUGCUUUGGAUGAAUCUGUUGAAGAUGAAAAAGAAACUAUUCCAGUGGAUGCUUUGGAUGAAUCUGUUGAAGAUGAAAAAGAAACUAUUCCAGUGGAUGCUAAAGUUGAUACUCAAACAUCACUACUUGUCUCCAAAUGCAAGGAAGAGCCUGGGGAAAUGUAUACAGGAGAAACUGAAAGAUGUUGCCACAAUGUGCAAAAUUUUUUAAAUUCAGAGAUGGAAUCUCCAUUCCCUAUUCAUCCCAGCCCAAUUCUUUUAAAGAAUGAGAAAGUGAGUUUAGAAGAGGAGGUUGUGCAGAAUGUUGAACGUCUCAACAGUGCUUCCCCAAAAAUUCAAAAUGAUUCAACAUCACUCAAUUCAACAGUAUCUAGUUCAGCAGCAUGUAGUUCUGCUUCCACUAAGAAGAAAGAAAAGGCAAAAAUCAAAUCAGAUUCUAAAUUCUGUUCCAGGUCCCCGUCAAGGGACUUGAGCUGUAAGAAGGAAGAUGGCAAAAAAUGUCUCUUAUCAAAAGAACAUUGCUCUGGCAGUUCAGAGACAGACAGAGGCAAGAGUGGAAGCCUCCAUACUUUAGGCCAGGAUGGCAGGCGAAGAGGUCAGGAUAGAGACAGAGAGAGGAGUUCCCGGCGGUCAAGAUCCAGAGAAAGGAGGACAAGGAAGAGGAAGGAGGAACGCUCCUCCUGUGACAGUUCCCGGUCCAGUUCAUGGGAUAGAACUCGCAGAAAGAGGCAACAGUCUCGGUCACGAUCCAAAGAAAGGAAGCGAUCCAGGUCUGCUUCCAGUUCUAGCAGCAGAGAGCGUACAAGGAGGAAGAAGCAUAGACGAAGGAGCAUGGAGAGGAAUGAGAGAGAUCGUGAGAGGGGUCGUUUGUCAAAGGACAAGAGACGUCAUUGGUCUCGCUCAAAGUCACGGUCUAAAUCACGAUCCAGAUCUAGAUCAAGGGAAAGGAGAAAAGAUCAUGCACAUAAGCACCACUCAUCCUCCUCUUCAAGGGAUAAAAUGGAGUCUCGAUCAAAAGACAAAAGGAGAUACAGGUCGAGGUCUAGGUCGAGAGAAAGAAGGAAAGAAGGGUCCUCCAAGAGGUCACAGAAUAUUUCACAAUCCCGAAUUUCAUUCUCUAAAGGUACACAGGGCAUAAAAGAGAAACAUAGAGAGAACAACAGCAAUCAAAUGUCUGUCGAAGAAAAAGUUGCAAGACUCAAAAAACAGAUAAUGCCCACCUGUACCUCUAUUUCUAAAGUUAAAGUAGAGGAUAAAGACACCACUGCAAAUGUGGAGGCUGCAACAGCAAAAAGAGUUAAAGAGCAAAAGUUUGACAAAAUUAAAGAAAAACAACCAUCUUUUGAUAUGUUUGAAGAUUACUCAAGUAUCAGGUCAAUCAAGAAAGAAGAACUUGACACCCCCUCUUUCACUGUGGUCAGAAGGUUAAGUAAGGAAGAAAGUGAAAAAGACCAUUCUGAUGCCAUCAAAAUGGAAGCUGUCGAAAUAGAUGCUGUCAAAGGAGAGGCCGCAGAAAGCUGGGCCAUCAAAACAGAAGCCGUCGAAAAUCAGGCUGCUGAUAUGGAGGCCAUCAAAAAUCGGGCUGCAGAUACGGAAGCUGUGGAGACCCCGCCUGUCAAAACGGAGGCUGCCGAGACCCCGCCUGUCAAAACGGAGGUUGUUGAAUCUAAGUUGGCUAUUGAAAAUGAGGCCAUCAAACCUGAGGCUAUUGAUGUUACCAUAACUGAAUCAGAGCAGAGUUGCCCAGAAUUGUACAGCUUAACCCCUAGUGACACCUCAUUUUCUACAGUCUCCAUAUUGCACUCUCCCUCAAUAGAGCAGCCUGUCACAGCAGGUUGUCUCCAGGAAUCUAGCUGCCAGUCGUGUCCAGCAUCACUCACAUCCUUAGAACCAUCAAAUACUGCUACAUUUGAUAUAUCCAUGAAAGGGGAAAGUCACCAACCCCCAGACUCGGAUGAUGAUUUCAAUGUUGACCUGAUGCUAGACAACCUGGACUUUGGAAAGUCUGGGAGUGCUGAGAGAAGUAGUACAUCUCCCCAACAGGAGAAGGAAAGAGAGGAGGGCAAGAAUAAGGGGCAGCAGGAAAUGGUCACAAUGGGGACCAAAUCAAAGACGCCAGUCAAGAGAGUUACCUGGAAUAUACAGGAGCCAGAGGGGCCUCAGCCCGAGAAGUCUGUGAGCAAGCUUGCUCUUUAUAAGCUGAAGUUGAAGCAGGAAGGAGCACGCAAAUCAUCCUUUACAACCCAGACAUCCAUUCAGGAUGUGACUGAAACAGGGUCCAUGAGUGACACUUACAAAAUGGGCGGUGUUGAUCCACAGAGUGCGUCUGAUGGUGUACAUCGUGAGGCAGUUUCCACCACGGGGCAAGCAGAAGCAGAAGGAGGGAAUUCCUCUCAGAAAGACAAGUAUUUGAAGAAGCUGCACAUGCAAGAGAGAGCCGUGGAGGAAGUGAAGUUAGCGAUCAAGCCUUUCUACCAGAAGAGGGACAUCAACAAGGACGAAUACAAAGAGAUUCUGCGUAAAGCUGUGCAGAAGGUGUGUCACAGCAAGAGUGGAGAGAUCAACCCAGUGAAGGUGGGAAAUCUGGUCAAGGCAUAUGUGGACAAAUACAGGCAUGCUCGGAAACACAAGAAAGACUACAUAGAGAAGGUGCAGGAGCAAACUGGAGCCAUGAAGUCCAGCGAUAGCCCGUGAGGAGGCAUAAAAUAUACCCGCCAAAACCCUCAGUCACAUUCACCUGAUUCAGUUUCCCCCAAAUGUUGGAUUUGAGAUGGACCAUUUUGAGGAAGAUACUUUUUGUUGAUCACUUCUUUCACUUUUAAGGACUGGACUUCUGUCAGAAUAACAGUCAAGCAGUUUAUUUGAACAUCUGGUGGUUUUGCUUUAAUAAAAAGGCAUUUCCCAUUUAUUAAGUGAUGUAGAUUUCACAGACAAAUCUGUUAUCUUGAUGGAGACACAACAGGAGACGGCGUGGACAUGAAGAUUUGUGAGGUUUCGUGGGAGGGAAGAGGGUAUUUAUCAGUGGCAAUGCUAAUUGUUCUCAGUGCGGUAAUAAAAAUAUUCAUAUUUAACAUUUUUGUCACAAAGACACUUAUGCAAAUUUUGUACAAAUUUAUCAGUAGUGUAAUUAAAUAAUUUUAGAUUUGUCUGUAAAUAAUAUAGAUUUGAUAUAUUAACAUGUAUGUUCCUUUCAUUUUUUUUUUCUUAUUUUGCAAAUGUUAAAUGGUUCUUCCUGGUAAUUUUGAUUUGGCUUGUUUUAUCUUCCACAAUUCUGAUGUGUGUGUUCAUCGAGCUUUGUAGUCCUGACAGUCCAGCUAAAGUGUUAGCUUGGUGGUUUAAAAUGAUAUAACAGGAACUUCUCCUUAGUAAUAAACGGAACCUUUAUUUUCUUUAAUUUUCUUUAUUUUUAAAUCAAAUCAAGAGUUUAGUUUUUGCAUUGAACAAUUAAAAAUAAAAACAAUUUUCUGAAGUAUUUAAUUUUGAGGUUUUACAUUUGCAAUGUACCUUCCAACAUUUGGCCACAUUAACACUGAAGUAAUUGGCUUGUGACAUAGCUUUUAUGCUCCGUAAUUCAUAUCAAGCCUACAGUUCAGCUUCCUUAGAAUAUUUCCUUCCUCAGUUUUGUGAUGUAGGAAUGUUGGCAAUAUAUUUUUCCCCCCAUUCCCCAGAACAUGUUUCUAGAAGCAUGCUUGUUAGCCCUAAUAAUCAUGACUCAUUGGUGUAACAACAGUGGAUGGAAAACUCUUUGUUUUGCUUGGAUUAAAGGCUAUGUGUGGU